CGCAAGAUUACAUUAAUUUUAUGUGAUUUUUUGUCCACGAAUCGUGCAUCAAAUUCGUUGAAUAGUAUAGGUAGUUUAAUCGAGAAUCCUUCAUUAGUAGAUACAUUUUUCAAAGUAUCAAUAAAUGUUAAAAAUUAGUUCCUAUUUUCCAAGUUGAUGCUCCACGAACAUCCAUCUGCUUGUGAGUUAUCAGAGCUAUCGAACGUGCGUGAUUUUUAUUAUCUGCAUUUAUUAUGACUAAUGAAUGCACUGCUAAACCUGUCGCUGAAGGCACUGUCGAAGUAGAUAUCAACGACGUGUUCGACGAUUUGCUGCUAGUGGAAGAACGCCUUUCGGAGGAGAGCUACCAGCGCGGGUUGCAGGUCGGUGCCGAGCAGGGCAACGUUGAUGCCUAUCACUUUGGGUACCAUCGGGGUGCCGAAAUAGGAGCCGAGUUGGGAUUUUAUUACGGGGUGCUGUGCGCUCAGGAAAAUAGUACUGGGAAAGGGACGGAGGAGACAACACCGACAAAGGGUUACAUCCUACUGACGGAGCUAAAGAAGGAGAUUGAGGAGUUUCCGACGUUUAACGAUUUGGAAGUGGAUUUACUGGAGAGGUUGGUGAAGCUGAGAAAUAAGUACAAGAAGCUUUGUGUCCUGUUGAAGAUUUCGGCCAAGUAUCCGAAACCGAAUGAGCUAUCGUUUUAAAGCGAUCAGGAUGGAUGUGGUGUGUAGUCAUCUGGAGAGGCUUGUGGAUGUGUUGAAGCCGCAGAUGGAGUUUUUAAAUUGCCACAUGGUGGAUUAUUUAGUCA